AUGAAAAAUAUACGUUUUAUAUUAGUUUUUUUACAUACUAUAAUAAUAGUUUGUGCUACAAUUAAUCUACAUCCUCAUUUAACUCGUGUCACCAAUGCAUCUGAUCAUAAAAAACAAAUCUCAGCUAUUCUUGGUUAUGUUAUUAAUUUAAUUUGUAUUACAAUCUAUCAUACGGCUAGUAUUAUAGCUGUAUGGUUUAGUCGUUAUGAUGCUGAUAUAAUACGAGCAAGUGGAAUAUUAUUAAUUGGUGAACUAUUACAAGUUAUUGCAUUGAUUAUUCAUUAUACAUUGAACAAGGAACAGAUUGGAGGUGGUGAAGGUUUUUUUAUUAUAAUAUUUGGCUUGUUGUUAUUGACAACAAUAUUGAUUACAUUUCGAUUAGCCGAAAAAACUUCCAAACAUCAAAAUAAUUUAAUGCAACUGAAGUUACUUGCCGAUUCUGUAUGUGGCAUAUCGAUGGAUAAUGAAAAUGAACCUACACUUAUUUUAAAUUAA